AUGCACAUACAUACACACGUAUACACACACAUACACAUACACAUAUACACACAUACAUACAAACACACAGCAGGAAUACUUGCAAACAAUGGAAGUAAUCUCUUAAGAGCUCAUUAUUAUUAUAAGAGGUGGAGCGGGGAGGGGAAGGAAAUCGUGGAACAGCGGGGUACUUCAUGUAAUAACUCUACUUAUGUG